AAAUAAAAUAAAAAUUUCCAGCGCAUAUGCUUCAUUCCUCCAUCUCCCAUCUCCCAUCUCCAUUUCCAUCUCCUCGCACAAUAAAACCUGGAUUCAGUAACAACAUCCAUCCACCCCACCACACCCCCCCUACAAUAAAACUCCAAAUCCGCCUCGCGUGCCCCGUCCUCUUCGUCGCCGGCGGAGCAGCCACCACUGAACCGCCGCUCGCGGGAGCAGAAGGAGGAGGAGGAGCUCGGUGGCGAGCACUUCCCGCCUCGCCUCCCGUUCCGCCUGCCUGUACCCCGAGAUUGGAAGUGGCGGCGGCCGGCAUGGCGGUCCCGCUCGUGCUCGUCGUGCUCCCCAUCGGCCUCCUCUUCCUCCUCUCCGGCCUCAUAGUCAACAUCAUCCAGGCCAUCCUAUUUAUGUCAAUAAGGCCCUUCUCGAAGAGCUUCUACCGGCGGAUCAACAGAUUCUUAGCUGAGCUUCUGUGGCUUCAGCUGGUAUGGGUUGUGGACUGGUGGGCAGGCGUUAAGGUACAACUGCAUGCUGAUGAGGAAACUUACCGAUCAAUGGGUAAAGAGCAUGCACUGAUCAUAUCAAAUCAUCGGAGCGAUAUUGAUUGGCUUAUUGGAUGGAUUUUGGCACAGCGCUCAGGAUGCCUUGGAAGUGCUAUCGCUGUCAUGAAGAAAUCAUCAAAGUUCCUUCCAGUUAUUGGCUGGUCGAUGUGGUUUGCAGAGUACCUCUUUUUGGAGAGGAGCUGGGCAAAGGAUGAAAAGAUACUAAAGCGGGGCCUCCAAAGGUUGAAAGACUUCCCCAGACCAUUUUGGCUAGCCCUUUUCGUUGAGGGUACUCGCUUUACUCCAGCAAAGCUUCUGGCAGCUCAGGAGUAUGCAGCUUCACAGGGCUUGCCGGCCCCUAGAAAUGUACUCAUUCCACGUACUAAGGGAUUCGUGUCAGCUGUAAGCGUUAUGCGAGAUUUUGUUCCAGCUAUUUAUGAUACAACAGUUAUAAUUCCAAAAGAUUCACCUCAACCAACAAUGCUGCGGAUUUUGAAAGGGCAAUCAUCAGUGGUACAUGUUCGCAUGAAACGCCAUGCAAUGAGUGAGAUGCCAAAGUCAGAUGAGGAUGUUUCAAAAUGGUGUAAAGAUAUCUUUGUAGCAAAGGACACGUUACUGGAUAAGCAUUUGGCAACAGGCAUUUUUGAUGAGGAGAUUAGACCAAUUGGUCGCCCAGUGAAAUCAUUGCUGGUGACCCUAUUUUGGGCAUGCCUCCUUUUGUACGGUGCCUUCGAGUUCUUCAAGUGGACCGAACUCUUAUCUACAUGGAAAGGAGUAGGGUUCAUUGUUGCUGGAAUGGCAUUGGUAACAGCGGUCAUGCAUGUGUUCAUCACGUUCUCUCAGGCGGAGCGGUCGAGCUCAGCCAAGGCGGCACGGGACCGUGUCAAGAAAGAUUGAUAUCGGUGGUUAUAUUCUGGGGGUCUCCCAAUUCAUUUCAGAUUGAAUUCACAUAGACACCGUAUUCGAGGGACUUUUGUGAACUGAACACCAAACUUAAUAUGCUGUCAGCAGGAAGGAUACGAAAUUUGGUGAAGUAGCUCACUGUGAGCUCAGUCCCUGUUGUACUUCAAAUACAGGAAAGACAUGUAGAGAGUUGUUUUUUUUUUUUUUGGCAGAGAAGGAACUGCAGUUACUCCUACAUGAAUCUAUUUAAACUUCUACAAUUGUGUGUCUGUUCUGAAAAUCAUCCAUGGUUCAUUUAUCA